CUUACCUCUGGCCCUCCGGCCUCGAGAAUCUUCCCCCUGCAACCCAACAACAAAAACCCCCGUCUCGCCCAGUCACCGGGGAGGGGGGGACCAUGUCCCAGCGGGUGAGGCGCAAUGGGUCCCCCACGCCGGCCGGCUCCCUCGGGGGUGGUGCGGUCGCCACGGCCGGGGGACCCGGGAGCCGCCUGCAGCCCAUGAGGGCUACGGUUCCGUUCCAGCUGAAGCAACAGCAGCAGCAACAUGGCAGCCCCACGCGGAGCAACGGCGGCGGCGGCGGCGGCAACAACAACGGCGGCUGUUGUGGUGGCGCCUCAGGCCCCUCAAGCGGCGGCGGCGGCGGCGGCGGGGGCCCGCGUACCGCCUCGCGCAGCACGAGCCCCACGCGCGGCGGCGGGAGCGCGGCAGCGCGCACCAGCCCCAUGGUGGCCACGCAGACGGGAGCGUCAGCGACGUCCACGCGAGGGACCAGCCCCACGCGCGGCGCCGCGCCCGGGGCUCGCGGCAGCCCCCCACGGCCGCAGCCGGCGCCGCCGUUCCUGGGCACCGUGUCGUCGCCCUGUUCGUCGCCCACCCACCUGUGGACCGGCGAGGUGAGCGCGGCCCCACCCCCAGCGCGUGUCCGGCACCGGAGGAGGUCUCCGGAGCAGAGCCGAAGCUCCCCGGAGAAGAGGAGCCCCAGCGCCCCGGUUUGCAAAGCAGGUGACAAAACACGACCGCCUUCCUCUAGCCCUUCCAGUAUUAUCCGACGCACUUCCUCUCUGGAUACACUCGCUGCUCCAUACCUUGCUGGUCACUGGCCUCGCGAUAGUCAUGGGCAAGCUACACCUUGCAUGAGGGACAAAGCUACACAGACAGAGAGUGCAUGGGCUGAAGAAUAUUCUGAAAAGAAGAAAGGGUCUCACAAGCGCUCAGCAUCCUGGGGCAGUACAGAUCAACUUAAGGAGAUUGCAAAAUUACGCCAGCAAUUGCAGAGAAGUAAACACAGCAGUCGGCAUCAUCGAGAUAAAGAAAGACAGUCUCCAUUCCAUGGCAACCAUGCAGCUAUUAAUCAGUGUCAGGCUCCUGUUCCAAAGAGCGCACUUAUUCCAGUAAUUCCCAUCACCAAAUCAACAGGCUCCCGGUUCCGGAAUAGUGUGGAAGGAUUGAAUCAGGAGAUUGAAAUAAUAAUUAAAGAGACAGGGGAAAAAGAAGAGCAACUUAUACCACAAGAUAUUCCAGAUGGCCAUCGUGCACCUCCCCCCCUUGUACAGAGAAGCAGCAGCACACGCAGCAUCGACACACAGACCCCCGGCGGGGCAGACAGGGGAAGCAACAACAGCAGUCGUUCUCAGUCUGUGUCUCCCACAUCAUUCCUCACCAUCUCCAAUGAAGGUAGUGAAGAGAGUCCUUGCUCAGCUGAUGACCUGCUUGUUGAUCCCAGGGAUAAAGAGAAUGGGAACAACUCUCCUUUGCCCAAAUAUGCAACCUCACCAAAACCUAACAACAGUUAUAUGUUCAAAAGGGAACCUCCUGAGGGCUGUGAGAGGGUCAAAGUCUUCGAGGAAUGCUCGCCUAAACAACUUCAUGAAAUCCCAGCCUUUUACUGUCCUGACAAAAACAAGGUGAAUUUCAUUCCUAAAAGUGGCUCUGCAUUCUGCCUUGUCAGCAUCCUCAAGCCACUCCUUCCCACACCAGAUCUUACUCUCAAGGGCUCUGGCCACAGCCUGACAGUCACCACUGGCAUGACAACCACUCUGCUACAGCCUAUCGCUGUUGCCUCCUUGUCUACAAACACAGAGCAAGAGCGAGUUUCUCGAGGAACGAGUACAGUUAUGCCAUCGGCCUCUCUACUCCCACCACCGGAACCAAUUGAAGAAGCUGAAGGGUAGAUCCCAGUGUUGUGUGGCCAUUGUCUUGGAAAACUGAGAACCUCCUCAGAUCACUUGACUGUGAUGGCAUUGUGCGUACCCAGUUGGCUGUGAUGUGCUCCAGCUCUCCAGUGAUAUGUGACAGUGACGCUUCUGGAAGAAAGCAGCCCUUCUGAUGGCUCUGCCCCACUCAUGAAAGCCAACCCUCAGUGCUUUGCCUGUUUUUUCUUAAAGCACUGAUUGAAACAAGAAAGGUCUCAUUCUUUACUAUUGGAGGGACAAUAUCACAUUGUUUUUUGUUUUCCAAUUAGACUUCUUAAAAACAAACAAACAAAAAAACCACAAAACCUGAUCCCUGAAAAGAUGAUUCCUGAAGGGAGAUGUGAAUGAUGCUGCAAGAAACAUCUUUUGUAUGAAAAUGACUAUUUUAUAAUACCAAUGUUACAUUUUCUGAAACGUAGCAAACAGGAUGUUCAAAAGAUUCUUUGGUGGCCUCUGUUUCUUGUUUCCCUUUUUAGAUGUGUGCUUUUCUCACCUGUUUUCAGCUUUGGGACCAAAGGGUUUAUUGACAUUUUCCCAGCAAUCUUAAUCUCACGAAUAUGUUCUCCCAAACAAUUGAUAGGUAAAUGCAUUGAAUAAGUAUAUAUAAAAAGAGAUAAAAAGCAAUAUUCGUACAUUAUGUGAUUCAUGUUUUUUGAUGUCAGAAGUUUGUGCUUUGAGUGAAAUAUUUGUAAAACAACUGUUUUCUUCACUAUUCCUGUACACAUGUCACCAUAUGGUCAGAAAAAUUAUAGUCUGAAGACAAGUGCUUUAAUAUGUUCUCACCCAUAUCGGAACUUGAUUUAAAAGUCAGUGAGCCAAAAGGAAAUUAUCCAGUGUUGAUUGCUAGCUAGGAGUACAGAGCCCCUUUAGUUUUCUGUGAAAUAUGUAUCACAUGAUCUCCUUCCUUUACCACAGGUGUCAUUAUACCUUUAAUCAUCACUGUAUCGUAGCCCCAAGAGAUCCUAAAAUGGCUGUGCAUGGAUUUCCUCCUUUGCUUUUGUGAUAUUGUUGUCUUGUGGAUUUGGUCAGGGUUAGUAGUUUGCCAGGAGUGUAAUCCAUUGGAUAGCGACCCG